GUCGGCAAUAUAUUGUAGAAAAUUACUAUUUACACAGUUAUUUUUGCUUUAGAGAAUAUUGUGCUGUUUAUUACUACCAACUCACACCCUGAAAAGUAAAAAUGAAAGACCUUUUCAGAAGUCCAGUGUAAAAAAGUUUCAGUUAAUUUUGGGGGCACUUCAGGACAUGCCGUAAACCAGAUACAUGCGCAGUGUUUUUGCCAUGAAAUAUCUUAUGUUAGAAAAACAUCGGAGAAUGAAAUGUCCAGCGGGCGAGUCAGAAUUGUGUCACAAUGUAGCUAUGAUGUCACAAAGCAAUGUGUCAUUUCUAAUGUGUCAUAUCUGUUGGUCAUAAUGAGUAAAAUAACUAUAAAAGUCUAUGUCAACACUGCAGUCACUUUCUUUUCCAACAGAACAGAGAACAUGAGCGGAUUUCCAGAAAAGAAGCGGAUGGAGAAGAAAAAGAAAGAACGGACACCAGCGGUAAAAAGUGGGCCACAGAUACUGGCAGAACAGAGAUGGGCCCGGAAGAUGCAGGCAGCACAGAAGGAUGCUGAAACGAGGCUUAUAAUUAAAAGGUGGGUCGACCUAAAAAAUACCUUACAGAAGCCACGUGAAAAGAGGCUGGCAGAGCUAAGGGAGGCAGAGAAAAGGCUGGCAGAAGACAGUCGGGACAUGCAGAGGCAGGAGAGGUGGAGAGAGUGGAGGCAGAAGGAGCGAGAGCUGUGGGAGGCAGAGCAGAGACAGAAAGAGCAGGAGCUCAACUCUAAGACAAAACGUGAAAUUCUGCAGGAGACCAAGACACCUCACACACAGGUGCUUAAGUCUCCUACCAUCUUGGAGGAGUUGAAGAUACUGGAUGAACUGCUUGAGGAGACAGCAGAUAUCAAACUUCCAACAUUGUCCCCCAUCUAUCAGCCAGUCUCCCCAACCGCCACACCCCUCCCACUGAGUAAAGAUAGAGCAUACUUGGGCCUCACCACCACCAAACCCCUGGAAGCUCAGGUCAGGCAGCCCCACGGGGUCAAGCAUCCCACCUGCACACCUCUUCCUGAGAACACUCAAAUCUACACCCACCCCUUGGCCAACCAGGAGGAAGGAUUAGAGAGUGGACUGGCAAAGAUGCAAGUACACGAGGCAUCUGUUGCGGAGAGUUCCAACAGUGACAUGAUGAAAAUUGAGAAUGAGAUAAAGGCUGAGGAGGGUAAAGCAGCAAAGAAAGAGAGGGAGUUCAUAGAAAAGCAGAAGAAAGCAGAAAAGCUGGCGCAGGAGAAGAUGGAGAAGAAACAGAGGAAGCAGCUGGAGCAGGCAGAAAAAAGAAACAUGGAGAUUGAAACAAAGCUGGAGAAUGAGAGACGCAAAAUGAAAGCUCUAGAAAGGAAAGAGAUGCAAAGGUUAGCAGAACAGCAAAGAAUGGAAAUGAAGAAGAAAGAAAAGGAAGAGAAAAAGGCAGAUAAAGGACAAUUGGAAAUGGGGUCUUUGCCAAAACGUGGCUUCUUUGAGAAGAUAAAGAGGGCCUUUCAUUUCCACUGAUAAGAGAGGCUUUCCAUGUACUGUAACACCAACCUUGACAAACAUCAGGGACUGCCCUCUUUUCUGUCAUCACCAUGUAAGCAAGUGUUUUUGUGCUGCUGACCCUUCCAAACAAGAAAAGUUAAAUGCCUACACCUUUGCUCAGUCAUUUGGAUCACUGGCACACUCACCAACUUUAAAACAACAAGAUCCUUGAGGAACAUUUGGAGGUUCUUCAAUUUGAAACUGUGGAGGAACCUCUUAUGGUGCUUUGAGGAACCUUCAAGAAAAGGUUCUUCAUAAGGUCACUUGAAGAACCUUUUGAAGCUCUGUGAAGAACCUUUAUAGAAGUUUUGUAGUAUAGUAGUAGUAAU